AUGGUAACACAUGGCUACAAAAAGAUCGCUUCGACCAAUGGCCCUGCUGAAAAAGUUGGUUUUGUCUCUAUACUUUUAUUGCAAUGGAUGAAUGAUGUCAUGAAGACAGGCAGUCAACGAGCCUUGGAGGAAAACGAUUUUGUGCCACUCUCCAAUGAGGACACCUCACAGUCGGUCACAGAUCGUCUCGAGAAGAAAUGGAAAGAAGAAAAAGCCAAUUUUACGAGAAAGGAGGAAAGACCGAAGCUGUGGAAAAGUGUUUUGAAGAUGCUUUCUCUGAGAGAGGUUGCCUAUGUCCUUCUCCCAGGUGUCCUCUUCGGGAUUAGCUCCCUCGUCACACCAUUGCUCAUUGGAUAUGUGAUUUUCAUGUUAAUGUCACCUGAAACGCAUACGAACCCCAUACUUAACGGUUGUAUGCUAGCGGCAGCCAUGACCAUAAACACAUUGAUCGGAAGUCUUUGCAUGCAACACAACGGUUACGCGUGUGAAAUAUUGAGCAUCAGAUUGAGUAACGCGAUAAAAGGUCUCGUUUACAGAAAGAUAUUAUUACUCAGCAAGAGUACAUUGUCCAAGUUUUCAGCAGGACGAGUGGUUGAUCUCAUAUCAAAUGAUGUCCAGCGGAUGGAGACAGCACCUGCUAAGUUUUUCAUAAUGAUUCCAGCCGCACUUCAAAUCGUGGUUGCAACGUUUCUGCUCGCGUAUCUCAUUGGCUGGCAGGCUCUUAUGGGAGAGUUAUUUCUCUGUCUUCUUGUGCCCUAUUACAUUGAAAUGUCCUCUGUCUAUGGCACACUGCGUCUGCACUCAGCAGCAGAAGCCGAUCGUCGAAUUUCCUUGACGAACCAAGUGGUUUCUGGGAUCCGCGCUAUCAAAGCGCGAGCGUGGGAGGAUGAUUUCAGAGGAAAGAUAAAACAUACACGAAAACGAGAAAUCAGCAUCAUCCGUAAGAAAAGUGCUAUUCUCUCAGGUCUGGCUGCCUUGGAGUAUACUUCAAUACCCAUGCUGCUCUCCGUUAUUUCUCUGCUACUGACUGGUCAUCAUCUCACUCCUGUCAAUGCUUUUACGCUCCUAAUGUACAUGAACCUGUUUAGACUUAAUCUUUGCCUUGAUAUUGGAUAUGGUGUGGUGGAGACACAUGAAGCAUAUGUAUCACUCAGCAGGAUAGAAGAUUUUCUCAUUUUAGAAGAUUUGUUAUCGAUCUCGGGAGAUCAGUGUAUAGAAGACAAAGCUAUAACGCUAAAGGAAAAGUCCGUCGAGUUACCAAACAAUUUUACAGUGAUGGGCAGUCAGUCGGAGAAAUCAGAAGAAAAACCCCUUACUGAUCUGAGGGUGAACCCAUUUGAGAUAGGAACUUUAUAUGUGUCCAAUUUAACGUUUAAGGAAAUGAAGAGGAAGGAUGAAUUUAUUCUCCAAGAUGUGGAAUUCAUUGCUGCAUCAGGAACCUUGACAGUUGUCACCGGGCCAGUAGGCAGUGGAAAAUCAACUCUUCUCUCAGCGAUCGCUGGCGAGAUGUCAGACAUCAGAGGAACAAUGAGUCGUCAUGGAACUUUUGUGUACGCGCCGCAAGUAGCCUGGGUGUUCUCUGGAACCUUAAGAGAAAAUAUUUUAUUUGGCGAGUGGUACGAUGAAUCAAGAUAUACCAGGGUAGUCGAGGCUUGCGCCCUCACGCAAGACUUUCAGCAGUUUCCGAAUGGUGACCAAACUGUUGUUGGCGAGCGCGGUGCCGUUCUUAGUGGUGGUCAGCGUGCAAGAGUAAAUUUAGCACGCGCCGUGUAUGUGGAUGCAGACCUUUACUUGUUGGACGAUCCUCUCAGUGCUGUGGACUUCAAAGUGGGUCAGCAUAUCUUUGAAAAGUGUAUCAAGGGUGUGCUCAGUAAAAAGACCCGACUGUUAGCUUCUCAUCAAGAACAACACAUGAAAGAUGCCGACCAAGUGAUAAUGCUGUCUAAAGGGCGCAUACUGGGGAAAGGGACCUUCGAAGAGCUUCAAGAUAGAGGCAUUUUAAAUACCACCAUUGACCCACUAUAUAAGAAUUCUCUGACAGCGAGUGUGUCGGACAACACCGCAAGUGAGAAGGAAGAGAAAAGCGACCAUUUGGUGUCACUUGCUACUGAUAGUAGUGGUCUGGAAAUAUCUGUUGAAGAUCGGGCAAUCGGAACGGUGUCAAGCAAGCUUUACUGGGACUACUUCAGAAGUGGCAUUCAUUCCUUGUUGAUCAUUGGAGUUGUUAUUUUGUGUCUCAUUACCCAGACAUUGAUGAGUGCCCCUGAUGUUUGGCUAAUGUUUUUGACCCGGAAACGUCCUUCAGAACAGAAAGACAAGACGAAUUUAGCUAUCUAUGGCUGUUUGGUCGCUGCCUCGUUCAUAUUAGGCAUCGUUAGGUCCUACAUGUUAUUUUUGGUUUGUCUAAGAUGCUCCGAGCGUCUUCAUGACAAAAUGGUUGUUGCUCUUUUACAAGCACCGGUUCUAUUCUUCGACUCAAAUCCCGUGGGUAGAAUCCUGAAUCGAUUCUCUAACGAUGUGGGCUGUAUGGACGAACUAUUACCGCUACAGUUUGUAUUCACAGUUCAGCUGAUGUUGCUGUUGCUCUCAGCUGUUAUCGUGCCUUCUGUUACGAAUCCUUGGCUUGUGUUUGUCACCAUUCCAGUGACGGCUAUGAUUCUCUACUUUGCGAGAUUUUACUUGAAGAGUUCCAGGGAACUGAAAAGGUUGGAGUCAAUAUGCCGAAGCCCAGUGUUCUCUCACAUAUCAGAGACUCUUGAAGGACUGGACACGAUUCGAACAAGAGGCAGACAGAGGGAUUUCAAAGAGAAGUUUUACAGCCACCAAGACACUCAUAACCAGUCUUUUAUCAUGGUAAGGGCGAGUGGCAGAUGGUUCGGUGUCCGUCUGGAAGCGAUCAUUUCUCUGUUAAUCGGCUUGGUGAUUCUUGAGGCAGUUUUGAUAUCUCAAGAUGCUGCUUCCGCCGCACUUGCUCUUGCUUACAUCAUUCAAACAAUGGUUCUGACGCAAUAUGCUGUAAGAAAAUCAUCAGAUGUUGAGAAUUUUAUGACGUCAGUGGAACGAGUUAUGGCCUACACCAACCUUGACUCAGAGCCUGGAUACAAAGAGGCUCAAAGAUUGGUGUUGCAGGACGUACGGGCGCUGGAAAAUCGUCUUUCGUAG